AUGCUGAUCAUCAAGGACCUUAGGAAGCGCGACGAGACUUGGACUGCCGCAACGGUGUCCAAGUUUCAGGCCCAACCGGGCGUUGUGGUGAUGAAGUUCGGCGAGCAGCUCCGGUCGAGCGUCAUCCGCGAGUAUCAAUGGUACUACAUUGACUACAACGGUCUCAAGGCCGACCUCAAGCAUGCCACCGGACCGACGGGCGAAUGGACCGAGGAGGACGAGACUCGCUUCGUCGGAAAACUUGAGACGGAACUUGAAAAGGUGCACACGAAGCAGCAGGUCAAGGCCAUGGAGAUUUCGCGCCGCAUCGCUGUCAGCGAAAGCGAGGUCAAGGACGUCGUCAACCGCCUCAACGAGCGCGGCCUGGGCGAGGAUGGCCCAAGCGAAGAGGAGUUUAUGCUGCUGGAAGAAGACCUCAGCGACAUCAUCGCCGACGUCCACGACCUCGCCAAGUUCGUCCAGCUCAAUUACACCGGCUUUUACAAAAUCAUCAAGAAGCAUGAUAAAGCCACCGGUUGGCACCUACGACCGGCUUUUGAUACCCGGCUCAAGGCCAAGCCCUUUUAUAAGGAGAACUACGACGCAUCUGUCAUCGGGCUGUCCAAGCUGUACGAUCUGGUCCGAACGCGUGGCAAUCCUGUCAAGGGCGACAGCGCCGCUGGCGGAUCCCAGGCCAACUUCGUGCGCCAGACGACCAAGUACUGGGUCCAUCCGGAUAACGUGACCGAGCUGAAACUCAUCAUUCUCAAGCACUUGCCAGUGCUGGUGUUUAACGCGAGCAAGGAGUUUGAGCAGCAGGACUCGGCCAUCACCUCCAUCUAUUACGACAACCCCGAGAAAUGGGACUUGUACGAGGGUCGAUUGAAGAAGACCGAGGGUGCCGAGGCCAUCCGUCUCCGUUGGUAUGGUGGCAUGCAGACGGAGACCAUUUUUGUCGAGCGAAAAACUCAUCGAGAAGACUGGACGGGCGAAAAGUCGGUGAAAGCUCGGUUCGCUCUCAAGGAGAAGAACGUCAAUGCUUACUUGAAGGGAGAACUACUACCGGCGGCCAUCUUUGAGAAGGCACGAAAGGAGGGCAAGAAGUCCGAAAAGUCCAUUGACGAGAACCAGCGGCUGGCGGCGGAAAUACAGUACUCAAUCCUCAAGAAAGGCUACAAACCCGUCUGCCGCUCAUUCUACAAUCGAACUGCUUUUCAGCUCCCCGCAGAUGCCCGCGUCAGGAUCUCUCUGGAUACGGAGUUGACAAUGGUUCGCGAGGAUAAUUUGGACGGUCGGAUCCGGUCCGGUGACAACUGGCGACGGAUGGAUAUUGGUAUUGACUACCCUUUCUCCCAGUUGGCCCCCGAGGAUAUAGUGCGGUUCCCGUAUGCCGUCUUGGAGGUCAAGCUUCAGACGCAGAUGGGACAAGAGCCGCCGGAGUGGGUUCGCCAGCUGAUCUCCUCGCAUCUGGUCGAGUCGGUCCCCAAGUUCUCGAAGUUUAUUCAUGGCACGGCAUGCCUUUUCCCUGAUCGAAUCAACCUUCUUCCUUUCUGGAUGCCCCAGAUGGACGUGGACAUUCGAAAACUUGUCAUGCAUGACUUCGGCAUUCGCCGACCUGGUCAACCAGGCACGACGACGACGUCCGACGACGAAGAGGACAUGGACUCGGAUGAUGAAGUCAUACGACCUGUCCGCGCUAGUCCAUCGAAUGAGCAGCCGAGGACACACGCACUUCCGACUGAUACCGAAGGCCAGACGGUGGAUCUGCAGGCGACAAACGAGGACUAUCCCAUAUAUGAUUCCGAUGACGAGUACGAUGAAAAUUACGAGCUGGAGGAAGCCAGACGAAUCGGCGGAUGGCAUUUCUUCUCGACUCUCGUCUCAACCAAGGCCCGUGCCUUUGGCGCUGAUGCCGUCAACGCCCUCAAGCACUUGGUGCCUUCCUCUCGCAGUACGGAGGUGCCCCGUAGUGCGCGCCUGCAGAUGCUGUUUGGUUCUGGAGCCAUUCAGGAGAGGAGGUUUAAGGCGCCAAAGGGCAAAAAGAUUUACGUCCCUGUUCGAGUCGAGCCCAAGGUGUACUUUGCAGCAGAGAGGACAUUUCUCGGAUGGCUGGAAUAUUCCAUCUAUAUCGGGACAAUUGCGGUUACACUACUGAACUUUGGCUCCCACCCCACAUCCCUGUCGUUCUGGGCAGCCGGUAUUUUCACACUGCUCGCCAUCGCAAGUCUUUGCUACUCCGUCGGAGUCUAUCUGUUCCGAAGUAGGUCAAUCCGGAACCGCAAAGCUACUCGGUACUACGACAAGUGGGGUCCAAGUGUGCUCUGCGCCGCGCUCUUCGUCGCAGUGGCACUCAACUUUGCGUUGGAGGGCCACGAGAGGAAGAUGUGGUGA